CAUCAGAAAAGUUCAGUGACACAGUUGGAGAGCAUCAAAGUGCGUUUUUGAUUGUAGCUUGGCUGCAAGUGAAGAAUUGAAGAACAACAGCAGGUCAAUCAGCAAUGAGCAACCAAACAGCAGCAGAAUGUCAAGUCCCUCCAGCAGAGUAUCAGGUUUACUUGUUCCCAGCAGUCUACAUCUUCGCUCUGGUGUUUGGUCUCCCGGGAAACCUGGCUGCCAUCUACGUGUUCACCUUCAGGGUCAACCCCCGCACGGCCUUCAGCGUCUAUAUGAGCAACCUGGCCUUGGCAGAUGUCGUCAUCCUGUGUACGCUUCCCUUCCGACUCCAUUACCACCUCAAUGGGAAUGACUGGGUGUUUGGCGACGUGGCAUGCCGAAUCACGGGGAUCCUUUUCUACGCUAACAUCUACACCAGUAUUUGCUUCAUGACGUGCAUCUGCGUGGACCGCUACAUGGCCACUGUACAUCUACACGCUUACUUGAAGCUGAGGAGGCCUGUGUACUCGCUGCUCAUCAGCGCCGCCCUCUGGGUGGUCGCAGGAGUGGCUGUCAUGGUCUUCAUCCUCAUGGGACCUCUGGAGACAAACGGUACCAAAUCAGAGCGUCACAGCUGCUUUGAGAACUUUGCUGCCCAUGAGUGGGGCUCCCGUCUGUUGUCCUUCAGCAUCUUGAGCCUCAUCUUCUGCUCCCUGCUGCCCUCCGCCGUCAUCCUAGUGUGCUACCCGCUGGCCGCUAGGCGCAUUUCCAGGUUCCACACAAAGACGGCCCGGAGAGCCUUGAGGGUCAUCUACACCAUCCUGGCCAUCAUGUUGAUUUGCUUCUUGCCCUAUCACAUGGUGUACUUGCUGCACCUGCUUCGCCGCAUGGGGGUCAUCCAUAAGUGCCCCCUGGCCAACGCCAUCUACAACGCCAGGCGGGUCACCAUGGCCCUGGUCACUCUCAACACAUGCCUGGACCCUCUGCUCUACUAUGUCACCACAAGCCAUUUCACAUGCGAGGGCCUGAAGAGGACUUGGUUUAGAGUCCGGAGGCGUCGAGGUGUUUACUCCAUCGCAGAUGAUGAGAAUGACUAAUUUAUGACGAGUAAAGUUGUUUGAAUUGGCACAUUUCCGGUCUGGGGCGCAGACAUCUUUACUUGUGGCUCUCCUUAAAAGUUCGACAUGUGUAGUAGCGCCUCUACAAAGCAAGCGAUCGGACCAAGGUGGGGCGCUACAAUCCAACACCAUUAGUUCCAAAUGUCACGUAGACUGGCUGCUCAGUCUUCCUAAAUAUCUGUACAUAGACUAUACUGUAUAAAGUUUAUUGAGGUCGACAUGCUAUAUAUCUAGCCUCUUUCGCUAUGCACACAGCACUUCUGCAUUCUGUGUUAACAUGUACAUUUC